AGAUACGUAGCCCCCAGCGAUACACUAAUCAUUAACCUCAUUAUUAUCGCCUGCCAUCCAGUUCCUUGCUAUUUCGCCGGGAGACCCCCGGGCGAGCCGUGGAAUUUCCAUAUGAAUCCCCCACCCAGGACCCAGCUCUCCUUUUCCGGGUCACGUGCGGUGCGCGUCAACUGGUCAAACCCGCCAUUAUCGCUCACAGGCGCAUACGCACCGGGAAGGAGGGAGGGAGGGGGGCCGUGGGUCUCCUCCUCCGGCCGCUGCCGCUAUAAAGCCUCCCUGUCCUGGCGCGUCCCGACGGUUCCAUUACUGGUUCCUGGCAGGAUGGAGUUGGGGCUCAGCUUGGGGGAGACCAUGGCGGACGCCGGGAGGGACCUGGUGCUCGGCCUUGGGAUGGGACUUGGGGUGAGGAGGGACGAGGAGGCGGAGACGGGGAGGGAGGUGAGGAGGGAGCAUGAGUUCGGGGCGGGGAGGUGCGGCCGGUCGUCGCCGGAGCCGGCGGUGCGGCUCACGCUCCUGCCCGGCCUGGUGCCCAGCCUCGGCCUCCCGUGGCCGCCGUCAUCCGAGACUAGCAGGCAUUUGGAGGCGUCGACGCGCGGGUUCGACGUGAACCGGGCGCCGUCGCUGUCCGUAGCCGGCGCGGCGGCGGAGGACGAGGAGGAGCAGGACGACGCCGCGGGCGCGGGCGCGGGCGCGGCGGCGGCCGCGUCGUCGUCGCCCAACAACAGCGCGGGCUCCUUCCCGACCGACUUCUCCGCGCAGGGCCAGGCUGGCACGGGAGGCGGCGGCGGCGGCGACCGCGCGGGCUCCCGCGCCAGCGAUGAGGAUGACGGCGGUUCGGCGCGCAAGAAGCUGCGCCUCUCCAAGGAGCAGUCCGCGUUUCUCGAGGAGAGCUUCAAGGAGCACGCCACGCUCAACCCGAAGCAGAAGCUGGCGCUGGCGAAGCAGCUCAACCUCCGGCCGCGCCAGGUGGAGGUGUGGUUCCAGAACCGCAGAGCCAGGACGAAGCUGAAGCAGACGGAGGUGGACUGCGAGUACCUGAAGCGCUGCUGCGAGACGCUGACCGAGGAGAACCGGCGGCUGCAGAAGGAGCUGGCGGAGCUGCGCGCGCUCAAGACGGUGCACCCCUUCUACAUGCACCUCCCGGCCACCACCCUGUCCAUGUGCCCCUCCUGCGAGCGCGUCGCCUCCAACUCCUCCGCCCCCGCCGCCGCGGCGCCGGCGCCGGCCUCCUCCUCGUCCCCCUCCGCCGCUGGCGGCGGCAUUGCGGCGGCCCCGCCGGAGCAGAGGCCCUCGUCGUUCGCCGCGCUGUUCUCGUCACCCCUCAACCGCCCGCAGGCCGCCCAGCCGCAACCUCAGCCGCAGGCGCCGGCGAGCUCGUGAUGGCCCCCUCACCGUAGUCCUACCUGCCCCUCGCUCGCCUCCGGCGAGGCGGACGGGACGAAGGGCCAGUCUGUAAAUACGCUCACUCUUUUUUUCUUCAUCAUUUCUUUGUUUUCGGUUCAUUCGGUUCUUGGGAUUUUUUGUGGCUUGCCGAUGGGUUUACCGGUUUAGAGAGAAUCCGAUGGGUGUAGCGCGUCAUCUGGCCGUCAGAUUGGACUGCGGACGGCCGGGAUGCUGAAAGGAAAAUGCUGCAAUAGAGUUUAUUAACCUUUAUUUAGUAGCGUCAA